AUGGAAUGGAUGAAAACAAAAGACGGAAAAUACAGGAUAGAGUCCCUGUCUCCAGCAACAUUUCCCAGCGCUCUGAGGGUAAUAAGGGAUGCUUUUUGUCAAGAUGAAACUGUAUCAAUAGGAUCGGAGGUGAAUAAAAACCCAGAAGCGAUAGAGGAAUUGUUAGAGCUAUGCGCUGACGCAGCACUAGACGGCGUGUCUGCGAUCGCUGUCGCGGUGGAUACAGGGGAGGUGGCAGCAGUUGCUUUUAAUAAGAUCCAAGUUAAAACGUCCGAUGUCUCAGAGAAGCCAUUCUUUGAAAUAUUUGCCGACGAACGCUGUACACAGGCUUCGUCACGUUCGCUCAUACAAUUUAUGGCUGACGUUGACGGUAGAUGCAACUUAUUCGAAAAAUACAAAGUUGACUGCAGUUUGGAGAUCAUGUUCCUGGCAACACUAAGAGAACACAGAAAACAGAAGUUGGCAACUUUGUUAUGUCAAAUCUCCAUAGAUAUUGCUAGAAAAUUCCAAGAUGGUCCAGUAGCACCAAUCAAAGUAGAAGAUCUUGGUCCUAAAUAUUCUCAUUUGAAGAAUCGAAACCUUAUUAAGAAACAUCCUAAAAUUUGUCAAGCGAUUUGGACGUCAGAAGCUUCUCGAAAAGUCGGUAAAGCAUUAAACUUUACGGUGCAUUUGACAGUACCAUUUUCGGAAUUUGUAUUCAAUGGAAAAACUUAUUCUGAACGAAAUGGAGAUGAAGCUGCAUUUUGUGAAGUAGCAGCGUUAUCUUUG